AAAAAUAAUCUGUCUGGGAUACAAGUUAAAGCUCAAAAAGUCUUCAAACAAAAUCAACGUUCAAGAGAGACAAAAACGGAAUAAAAAAAGAAAAAGAAAUGGCGCGCAUGAUACAAUUGGAUUUGAGUUCACAUAAUAAUUUUUUGAAUGCCUAAAAUUGUUAAUCAAAUGAAACCACAAGUUACGGGUCAAUGGAAUUCGCUCACUUUUGCCCGGGGGUCAGACUAGUUGAAUCUAGACUCGAAUAUUCUUUUCAACUCGUUCCGCACAGACAUUCAAGUACAACGUAAUUAUGAUUGAUGAAAAAAUUCGCUUCUCAUCCAAAUUUUAGCCGGUCCAACAUACACGCAAGCCUCAGUGGACAUCAGUUUAACAUAAUCUUUCAGAGAGAGAACUAUUCAGAAUUUAUUUUUAUAAAAAUUAAUGGAAAAUUUUUAAUUAAAAAAAUGAAAUUUGUGAUUUUUUUGUGCUUCCUUCCGUACUUUGUGAGAGCAGCCAAUAUUCUUGUUCUUGAGAAUAUUGCGUCACCAAGUCAUCAUAUUUGGAUGAAAACUCUGUUAAUGGCACUAGUUGAGCGAGGUCACAACAUAACUUCCCUUUCACCAGAUUAUGAGAAAGAAAAAAUCCCAAAUCUUCACUACAUUCACCUGGAGAAGGUCUACGAUGCUCUCUAUGAUGCCAACAGUGAGGAUCAUACGGAGGAUUUGGAUUUUUUGGAUAUGGGAACAAAGAAUCCUUAUUUGAUGUACAACGUCUUCAUGGUUUACAGCAAUUUGUUCUUUCAAGGAUGUGCUAGUUCACAAGGAUACAGACAACUACUCAACUAUCCUAAAGAUUUUAAAUUCGACUUAAUCAUUUAUGAUUUUUUGGUUGGGCCGAUUUUCCUGAAUUUUGCGGAACAAUUUGGAAACCCUCCAAUUAUUGGAGCCACAGGUUUCUACUCAACUAGCUUCUCUGGACACAUUAUAGGCGAUAUCCUUGCACCGUCUUCCGUUCCAGCUCCUAUGUAUACAACAGAUCUUUCCUCAUUCUGGGAUAGAGUCAAUAACUACGUCCUAACUACGUUCUACCAGCUUGUCCGAGAGUACUACAUUUCAUCGAAAGUCAAUAAAAUCCACAAGGAUAUCUUUCCCAAUGGAGCAGAUGUACGUGAAUUGGAACAAAAAAUGAAACUGAUACUCCUAAAUAAACAUCCUGCUUUGGAUUUUAUUGAACCAAUACUGCCAAAUGUAAUUUCCGUUGGAGGACUUCAAAUUCAACGGAAUAAAGGACUCCCGAAGGAUCUUCAAGAACUCCUUGACACAGCAGAAAAUGGAGUAAUAUUAUUCUCUCUGGGAACAAAUGUUAAGAGUUCAAUGCUAGGAGUUGAGAGACAAAUUGAAAUUUUGGAAACUUUCCGGAGUUUGCCUCAGUAUACGUUCCUGUGGAAGAUUGAAGUGGAAUCAAUGCCUGUGGAAGUUCCUAAGAACGUCCUGAUACGCAAAUUUGUGCCCCAGAGUGAUCUCCUGGCUCAUCCCAAUCUCAAGCUCUUCAUCAGCCAUUGUGGAUUGUUGAGUACACAGGAGGCAGCCUGGUUUGGUGUACCAAUCCUUGGGCUUCCUGUCUUUGCAGAUCAAUUUGAUAAUGUGCGGAUGAGCAUUAGAGCUGGGAUGGCUGAACAGGGGAGCAUUGUUAACAUUGAACGAAAUUCAUUCAAAAAAUUGAUUCUAAAAAUGAUUAAUGAUCCAAAGUACAGAGAAAAUGCAAAAGCUCGCUCUGAGGCAUUUAGAGAUCAGAAAGAGACACCUCUGGAGAGAGCAGUGUGGUGGACGGAGUUUGUCCUGCGUCAUCCUAAUAUGACUUACAUGAAAUCUCCAUCUGUAAACCUUUCCUUCCCUGUGAAGCAAUCAUGGGAUGUUUUAGCCUUCCUGUUCUCUCUUGCUCUGAUAUCAAUCUUUAUGUUCAUGAAGCUGACUUGCUUCAUUAUCCUACGUCUUUACAGAAGACAAUCAAAGAAAUCUAAAAAGGACUAAAUGUAAAACAUAUUUUUCUUUAUUCAAUAAACUCUGUUACAAUCAAA